AUGGUGGUUUCCUGGAUUAAUAACACGCUGGAUUCUUCAAUCAGAUCCAUGUUAGGAGAUUAUGAUGAUGCGAUUCUUCUAUGGACACACUUGAAGAAGAAAUUUUGUGUUGUCAGUGGCACAAGAAUCUAUCAACUAAAAUCUUCUUUGAGUGAGUGUAAACAAGGGAAGUCUGAGAGUGUUGCUGUCUAUUAUGGAAGAUUAAACAAAAUAUGCGAUGAGCUGGUGACAUAUAUGAAAAUCCCACAAUGUAAGCGUGGUCUUUGUACCUAUAAUAUUGCAACUCAGGAGAAUGUGAUGGCGUUUAAAGUGCAACCUGAUCAAAUAACAACUACAAGCAUGUAUGAUGCUACGAAGUUUUGUAAGCACUGUAACAGAGUUGGACAUUCUGAAGAUGGGUGUUUUAAAAUAAUUGGCUACCCUGAAUGGUGGGUUGAAAGAUCUCGUGGUGGUAGAGGAUCUGGUAGAGGCGGCAGAUUUGGUGGUAGAGGCCGAGGUAAUUAUGUGCCUGGCAGAGGUGGAAGAGGAUAUGGCAACACCAAUAUAGUGCGUGCAAAUAAUCUGAAUGUACCAGCAGCACAGCAAUAUAGUGGUACUACAUCUGCAGAUGGAGCUGGCUUGGUUGGCGUAACAGCGGCUCAGCUUCAACAAAUGAUCGAUGAUUUAGCUUGUGUUGUGCAAUGUACUAACAGUUUAUGUCUUAUACGGGACCGGUUGACGAAUAAGGUGAUUGGAGUGGGUGAGAGACAAGGUGGACUAUAUCUGUUUCGUGGUGUACCUUCAGUUAAAGUGCUUGCAGUUCGUGGAGAUUCGUAUGAGCUAUGGCAUCAAAGAAUGGGACAUCUGGCAGAGAAAGUAUUACAAAAGAUACCAUCUAUGAGUACGUUAGUUAGGAAGAAUAAUAAUGCUUGUGAUAUUUAUCCACGAGCAAAACAUCGUCGAAGUAGCUUUCCUAAUAGUUAG